UGUGUCAUUUCUCUCAGAGUACGCGAAAAGCCUUGCCAAUUCCUCUCUCCUCCUUUUCCCUGCAAGUUUUGCACAUUUGCGACUUGCUCUUCAUUCCAAUGGCGUGAGCCCUGAACCCAGUGACAGCCCCGUAAUGUUCGUUCCCACUCGAAACAAACAAACAGGCCAUAUCACAAAACCCUUUUCUUUCUCUUUCUCUCUCUCGCUCGCUCGCUCCAUCAUCUUCCUCCCCAAAAAUCCCAAAACAAAUUCACCUAAACCAGACUUAAAACGUACCCAGUGAUGUUUUCCACUACCUUAUUGUAUCAUGUGUUCGGGUUGUAGUACUCUUUAGCAUCUCUAGGCAGAUAUCUGAUUUGGGUUUUGGUUUUCUUUUUGGAUUGCCUUUUCAUUUUUCUCUGUAUCUCUCUCUGCCCGCAUAACUGUUUGUUCAUAUAUAGAUAUUUCUAUCUAUAUAUCUGUAUUUCUUUUGAUGUUUAAUAGAAGAAAAUCUGAUAAGGAAAAGAGGGUUUUAGGAAACACGAGGGGUGAUGGAGAAGUUGAAAUGUUGUGGAACGAGAAUAUGUAUCAAAGACCCAAUGGGUUCUCUUUUUCACCUAGUUCAAGUUCUUUCUCUAAUGGGUCCUCUUUUUCGGAGGAGGGUUUUUCACAUUCUAUAGCUCCAGUGGACCAGAAUAUGUAUCAAAAAUCCAGUACCCAUUACUUGAAUUCUCUUGCUCCGAAGAACUCCAAUGGGUACCUGUCGGAUGAACUUGGUCUGUGUGAAAAUCUCGGUAGAAUGAGUAUUGGGGUUGGAAAUACCGACUAUUCGAAGGUUGGGCGAUUCGGGUUAGACCAGGAUGGAUUUGGGUUUGGGUUCGAUAGUCAUUCUUUGGGUGGGAGAAGUAAUGAGACGUUUGAUGGGGUUACCACCGAUUUUCUUGACCACAAGGGGUUUCAGUCACGAAUUCCUGGGAAUUCUGUGAGGUAUAGUGAUGAUAGGAGGGAGAACGUACUUGGGUUGAUGAAUGGGUAUAAUGGUGGUGAUUUAGUUGGGUCUCAUUUGGCUCACAAUCAAUCCAGUGGUUUGUAUACUGAACCCAGUUGCUACAGAGAAGGACUAGAUUAUCAGGGUAGAGGCUUUUAUAAUGGGGGACUUCAGUCACAUAACCCACCUAUGCAGAUGCCUUGUUUGAAUGAUGAAUUGUGUUUCCCACAGCAAAGUGUUACAAAUUUUAUUGGAGAUAGGAAUCUCUUGAAUCCGGUAAAUUCCUCUCAAUUGAUGUAUUCUAACGUGGGCUUUAGUAAGGGAAAUUCAGUGUGUAGUGGUUCAUUGUUAAAUGGCAGAAAUCCUUCAUCUAUUUCAUCAAUGACGGAUUCAAGGGAUGUCAAAGCUUUCAGAUGUGAGGAUGCCUUCAUUAUACAAGGGAAGGGUGUGAAAUAUGCUGUUGACAAGAGAUAUGAUGGUUCAAAAGGUAAAAAGAAGAAGUCUAGCAAGGAAAUUGCAAGGCCAAAUGCGGGUGAGAAACGAAAAGACCUUCGCAGUGAGAUUAUCCAGAGCCAUGAUAGUCCAUUGCUUUUGCAACCAGCAUGCAGUCCACUGGCUCAGGUCCAGGGCUAUAUAUAUCUCAUGGCAAAGAAUCAGUCUGGAUGUCGGUUUUUACAAAAGAUAUUCAAUGAGGGGACCUCUCAAGAUGUUGAGAUAAUAUUUAAUGAAAUCGUCAAUCAUGUUGUUGAGAUUGCAAUGAAUUCGUUUGGAAAUUACCUAAUGCAGAAGUUAUUGGAAGUGUGUAGUGAAGAACAGAGAAUGAAGAUUGUGCUAACUGUCACUGAAGAUCCUAGAGACAUAAUCAGAAUUUCUUUGAACACACACGGCACGCGUGUGGUGCAGAAGUUGAUUGAGACCCUCAAAACCAGGCAGCAGAUUUCACGUGUCACAUUAACUCUCGAACCAGGUUUUCUUGAUCUUAUUAAGGACUUGAAUGGAAAUCAUGUCAUACAGCGUUGUUUGCAAUGCCUUGGCAAGGAAGAUAACGGGUUUAUAUUUGAUGCUGCUGCCAAGUUCUGUGUUGAAAUUGCAACUCAUCAGCAUGGAUGUUGCGUUAUGAAUCAAUGCAUUACUCAGUCAGUUGGGAAAUAUCGAGAAAAGUUGGUUGCAGAAAUUGCUGCUAAUGGGCUUUACCUUGCUCAACAUCCUUUUGGAAAUUAUGUUGUGCAGUAUGUUAUAGAGCUUAAGAUCCCUUCAGCAGCUGCGACCUUGAUUUCUCAGUUUGAAGGCCACUAUGUGUACCUGUCAAUGCAAAAAUUCGGCAGUCAUGUGGUUGAAAAAUUCCUAAAAAGUUGUGAAGGGAGCCGUCCAAAAAUCAUCAUCGAAUUGCUUUCAGUGCCUCACUUUGAACAGUUGCUUCAAGACCCUUUUGCCAACUAUGUCAUCAAAUCUGCCCUUGAAGUUAGCAAGGGCACUCUCCAUGCUGCUCUAGUUGAAGCAGUUCGGCCUCACACUAUACUACGGGCCAGUCCAUAUUGCAAGAAGAUUUUCUCGCGCAACCUCUUGAAGAAGUGAUUUUCUCAUUUUGCCAGUUGUGAGAAGUGUUGUUGUUCACCAAAAGAGUACUACUAUGUUCACUAAUGAUAUCUAACCUUAUCUAUUUUAGGUCCCCCAGUAUGUAGAUAAUCACGAUGUUGGAAAUUUUGUGCUUAUAUACCUAGUUGAGUGAAAGGAAAGCAAGUUUUGCAACAAUCUACUUUAGCUUGUGGAUAUGAGUUGUAAUAUUCUGUUGUCGUGUUGGAACAAGUACUCUGGAUAUGGUGAGGCUUUUGUUUCAGUUUCUGUAAAUGUGAUGGCUGGAUAUCUUUGUAGAUCA